AUGAGCAGCCCAUAUCCUGGAAAUCAACCUAAUGCCCCGCCCCCACCCUAUGACAGUGCCUAUCCACCGGCGCCACCUGCAGGCUACUACGGGGGCCCUCCUCCCCAGGGAUAUGGGCCAACCCAUCCUGGUUAUCCACCACCGCCUCAGAACUAUGGAGGUUACGGACAGCCCCAGGCACCUUAUGGAGCACAGCCAUACCCUCAGCAGCAUGGGUUUGGUCAUCCAGGGCCCUACCAACAGCAGCCACCGGCACAGCAAGUAGUAUAUGUUGAGGAAAGACGCAGGUCACAUGAUAAUACAGGUGAGAUGUGUUGCCUGGCAGCUCUAUGCAGCACUUUGUUAUGUUGCUGCUUAUGGGACUGA